AUGCUUCAAUUGUUCUUCACGGUGGCUUUCUCUGUUGUUCCUUUGACUCUCUAUAUUCCACCAAUCAGAAGCUUGAAUCUCUUUGUGGAAACCAUGGAAUCUGUCAUGAGAGAAUCAACAUCAUAUAGCAACAGAAUUUAUCCUCGUUUAAGGAUAGCUUGGUCUAGGGUUUUGAAUUGUUUGCUAUGCAACAACACAAGGUAG